AUGCGUCUGUCUCCAGCAUGGUACCAGUUUCUGGUCGGCGUUUUCGCCUCCCUCGGAUCGUUCCUUUAUGGAUACGAUCUGGGUGUGAUUGCCGAAGUGAUCGCAAGUGGAUCCUUUGCGGCGAAGUUUGAAGCAGAUACAACCCAGACUGGACUGGUUGUGUCAAUGUUCACGACAGGCGCCUUUUUCGGUGCCGCAUUUGCAGGCCCUACAGGCGACAAGCUGGGUCGGCGAUGGACCAUCACCAUUGGGUGUAUCAUCUUCUGCCUCGGCGGCGGGCUCCAAACGGGAGCGCAGACGGUGGCGUAUUUAUACAGCGGAAGAUUCCUAGCAGGCCUCGGUGUUGGCUUCCUGACCAUGAUCAUCCCCCUGUACCAGGCUGAAAUCUGCCACCCCGAUAUAAGAGGUCGUGUAACCGCUCUGCAGCAAUUUAUGCUGGGUGUGGGAUCCUUGUGCGCUGCAUGGAUCUCAUAUGGUACAUACAUCGGGUUUCCCUCAACCAACAAUGCUCAGUGGCAAGUGCCGCUGGGUUUGCAGAUUGCGCCGGCGGUGUUCUUGGGUCUCUUGAUUAUGUUCUUCCCGGAGUCUCCGCGUUGGUUGAUUGACCAUGGCCACCACGAAGAGGGACUAAAGACCCUCGCUAGACUCCAUGCCCAUGGUGAUGAAAACGAUGCCUGGGUUCGGGCGGAAUAUAAUCAAAUCCAGGAAACCAUCACAUUCGAGCACGAGAACGAAGCCAAGUCCUAUGUCGAGUUGUUCACCUCACGGUCCUCCUUCCGCCGUCUUUUCUUGUGCUGUGCGUUACAGGCAUCCGUGCAGAUGACCGGUGUAUCCGCGAUCCAAUACUACUCCGUGACGAUCUAUGGGCAGAUUGGAAUCAAGGGUGACAAGACACUACAAUACCAAGCGAUCAACUCCAUCAUCGCGCUGGUGGCACAAUUUCUCUGCAUCCUAUUCAUCGACAGGCUCGGCCGUCGCUGGACGCUAAUCUGGGGCAACCUCGGAAACAUGGUCACUUUCAUCGUUGCAUGCACACUGCUGGCUCGGUUCCCACCAGAAGUUGAGAAUACGGGAGCCCACUGGGGCUUCAUCAUCAUGACCUGGCUGUAUAACUUCUCAUUUUCCUGCACGUGCGGUCCGCUUAGCUGGAUCAUUCCGGCCGAAGUCUUCGAUACUCGAACGCGUGCUAAGGGGGUUUCACUUGCCACGAUGACUUCUUAUGCCUUUAACACCAUGAUUGGCCAAGUUACUCCUAUUGCGAUGGAGAGCGUGGGGUACCGUUACUACUUCGUUUUCAUCAUCUGCAACUUCACGAAUGCGGUGUUCUUCUGGUUGCUGUUGCCUGAGACUAAGAAGUUGCCUCUUGAAGAGAUGAAUUAUCUGUUCUCGAACUCCCCGUGGAUUGUUGUGGGGUCGAAGAAGGAGGACUACGUCCCUCGUGAUCUGGAACGUAAGGUUAUGGAACAGGAAGAAAAACAGCAGGUGAUUAUGGCGGAAGAGGAAGCCCGGCGGUUGAGUAGGUAAGAGAAGUGGGAUGAAGGAGAUGUUUGGAGGAAAAAUAUCGAUUACUAGUAAAAAAUAUAUUGUUUUUGAAAUUCGUGUGCCCUAAUUGUAUAAUAUAAUGUAUGCCGUCCAGUGAUAACUGAAAGUGGACAAAGCAUCCCAUGUCGGAAAGUGCACUGCGGCAGCUGAGAGGAGCUGUUAUUGCCAUGUGGGGGUUAGUACUAGCAAUGGUCGUGAAAAACACACACUAGGAUGUACUAGACUGGUGUACUAUAGCACCGCUGUCAACAGCACUGGUCAGCUCGUAUGC